GUGGGAAGAAAGGAUCCAAUGCAUUUCAAACGUACUCAUGCCCGAAUGCAAACAUUUGACCGAAGCAAAAAGAGGAAGAGUAUAUAAAGUAUACCUCCUCUCUCCACUUCUUCAACAUCUGUUCCUUCAGACAACCCUCAACAAUGACGGCCUCAUCAUCAAUCUUUCAAACGUCAGUCGAUUCCGAUAUCCUCAGUAAUCCUCUUUACAUUUCAGCAGGAUUAGGAUUACUCUUCGUUGCAUUAUGUAUCGCUUAUCCUGAUCGUUUGAUCGGUACACAUGCUCGCAAGGAAAUCAAGACUGCAACUCCUGCUUUUCCUUUGAUCGGAAAUACAAUCUUUGCUUUACGUAUCUAUCUCAAACAACGUAAAUCUUUACAUGAAGUCUUACGUGUUCAAGAAGAAGAUGGAAAAGGUGGUCAACCAGUUACUGCUACAUUUCCGAUCCUUGGAAAAAGAGCAAUCGUGAUCAAUAGACCGGAAUACAUUCAUUUUUGUCAAAAGACUGAAUUCGAGAACUUUAUCAAAGGUGGUCCAUUUUUACGUGCUUUUGAAGAUCUUUUAGGCAGUCAUGGUAUCUUUGUAGCAGAUGGAGCAAUUUGGAAACGUCAAAGAAAGAUGGCUUCUCAUAUCUUUAGCGUUGGAAAUUUCAAAACAUACGUUCAAGAAACGAUUCAUAAAGAUUUGGAUUUGGUAAACAGUCUUUGUGCUGAUUCCGUCAAACACAAUGUUCCAGUCAAUAUUUGUGAUGUCUUUUUCCGAUUCACUCUUUCUACUUUUAGCACAAUGGCUUUCAGUGCUGAUUUAAACUGUUUGCCAGACACGGUUGAAGGACUUAAAACUCGCAACGAAUUCGCAGAUGCAUUCGAUAGCGCUCAAUUGGUUGCCGAUAACAGAUUCUUUGAUCCUUUGCCGCUCUGGCUUGAAUUGUUCAACAUGCAAGGUUUCCGUAUGCGCAAGAACAUUAAAAUCUUACGUAGAUAUUGUUAUCGUAUCAUCGAUUUACGUUUAGCAGCACAAGAAUCCGGUGAAGCAAAAGGUGCAGUCGACAGCAAACAAGGCAAAGAUCUUUUACAGUUGUUCAUGGAAAUGGGCCUAACUCGUGAAGAACUAUUACCGAUCGUUUUGAACUUCUUGAUCGCUGGACGUGAUACGACUGCUCAAUCUUUGGCCUGGGCUUUCUAUCGAUUCUGGCAACAUCCUGAAGUUGUUGACAAGAUUCGUCAAGAAGUCAAGGAGAAAUUGGGUGAUCGUAAAUUGGGUUAUGAUGAUUUACGUAGCUUGCCUUAUUUGCAUGCCGCAUUCUACGAGGCUAUUCGUUUGAACCCUGCCGUUCCAAAGAAUGCACGUUUGGCGGUAAAGGAUACAAUCAUUCGUCCUUAUGCCGGUGAAGGUGUUCCUCUUUCCCGUGAUGGAAAGCGUGACCUCCCUGACAUCCCAAUCAAAGCAGGCGAAAGUGUUUUAUGGAGUGAUUGGGCAAUGGCACGUAUGCCAGAAAUUUGGGGAGCAGAUUGCAAAGAAUACAAACCUGAAAGAUUCUUGGAACCAAAAUCGGACGGAAGUGGUGAAAUGCAAAUUAAGCAAUUUCCACAAUCAUUCUUUCAUGCUUUCAAUGCUGGUCCACGUGUUUGUCUUGGUCAAACUUUGGCAACAUUUGAAGGAAUGGCAGCAAUCGCAGAAAUUACGAAAUACUUUGAUAUCGUUUAUGAUGAUAACGCUUUGAAAAAGAAUCCUCCAAUUUACGCAGACAGUGUUACACAUCCUAUCGAAAACCCAUACUCUGUCAGAUUCAAAGCCAGGGCUUAAGUUGUGUAAAACAAACUCUUACUGUUCGCUCCUGUUACGACUUAUUCUACUACUUAUUGAUCGUUUUAAUUUUAUGCAUUAUAAAAGA